UGGCUCAGGGUUGCCAACUUAGUAGAUUUUCUACCAGAUCUGGUAGAUUGCAGUCUUCAUUUAGUGGGCAAAUUUACGUUUUAGUGGCUAGUAGAAAAUCCAGUAGAAUGAAAGAAUCAGAAUAAUUAGUAAGCCACUUUCGAUUUAUAUCAUUAUGAACCUUAGUUACUCAUGUCAAUUUGUCAAUUGAAGUAAUAAUUCAAGAAAGUAGCAAACUGUCAUUGGGAAAUAUCCUAUUUUGAUUUAGUUGAACAUCGAAUCGAUAGAUGGCAGAACCAAUGAAUUAAUUUGCGUAUGCGUACUUCUUCUCUUAGUUCUCCUUUGUCGGAAAUCAGGGGUAUGAAAGUCAGAUGAACGAUUUUGCGCCUCGUUUUGGGACAUCUAUUGGGGUUGCACAUCACUAACUGCAUGAUGUUUGCCAAUUCCUUCGGUAGAUGGCGCGAGAAAUUCAGCCGCCAUCUUUUUGUCACGUGAUUUGAUCACGUCACGUUCUGAGCAUCAUCCACGGGAAACGGGAAUCACAGACAUUGUUUUUUCUUGCACAGACAAGUGAAGUUUAUCUCGUAUACGAUGAUUUAGGCGAUUUUUUAACAUUAUUUACAGUAUAAUUUGUGUGCUUUCUAAUAGCUAUAGCACACUGUUCUGCUAUUUUAAGACUGCCUGCCUAAUUAUUUGAUUUUGAUUGCAGAACCAUGCCUAAACCGCAAUAUACUCAAAAGUUUCGAGACGCAUGGUUAAAGGACCCUAGUUUAAAAGAAUGGCUGUUGGUUAUUGACAGCACUUUAGGAAGGGAAGCUAAAUGCAAAUUUUGUAGUAAAAUAAUUACGAGUCGUUACGCCGACCUUAAGAGCCAUGAUAGCGACAAAUGUUAUACUGCCCAAAUGCUAUACGAAAUGUAUAAAGAUGAUACCAAUUAUGCCUUUAUAUGUUUUCUCAAGCCAAUUUUAGGUGGGGUUCAAAGAGUGAACAAAGCCUUUGAAGCAAAAAACGCAGAGUCAUGUAAGCUUUUGGAAGACGUGACUAUGUUGUUAAAUUGUUUAAUAAAGAAAGUAACAACACCAAACAGCCGUUUCAAAUUAUUUUACGACGAUAUCGAGACAUUUGUUGUGCGCGACAAUUAUUUGGGAUAUCUUUUCGAAAAUAAAAUAAAAGAAAUGAAGGAGGCCGGUUUCUCAGAUGAGGCAAAUCUCAGAGAAAGAAAGUGUAUUUUUUAUUAUUCGUGCAAGGACUAA